AUGAAAUUGAACAAACCACAUCGCAAACAGGUGACCCGAGGAACGUUGCAGACGGUUCUGAGGCACAUCGCCUUCGACGAAGCCCGCCGCCUCGGGCUCAAGCCGGACACCGAGGCGCUCCUCCGAAAGGAGUUUCCGGAAGAAACAGGCGUUCUCGUCGUGGGCGAGGUAGUCCCCAAGGGGCCCGCGGACGGCGUGCUGGAGCCGGGAGACAUUGUAGUGCGCAUGAAGGGCGAGACGAUCACCACCUUCUUGCCGUGGGAGUCGGCCCUCGACGACGGUGUUGGAGGGGAGGUGCAGGUGCACGUGCAGCGAGGGGGAAAGGAGGUCAUCGCUCGGUUGACGGUCGGGUGA